AAGUGGCGCCUUUUAUAGGAGAGACACCCCACGAAUUUGCGGUAUCCCUCCCUCAAAACCCCCCAUAUCUCUCUCUCUCUCUCUCUCUCUCUCUCUCUCUCUCUGCACUCCAAUCAUCGGGAAAAAAACAAAUACCCCAGAAACAAUCAAUCAAACCCCAUUAAAAUGGGUUCAGGAAGCGAAAACCAGAAAAGUCCAGUAGAAACGGAGGAGGAAGAAGCAUUCUUAUUCGCUAUGCAACUAGCCAGCGCCUCAGUCCUACCCAUGGUGCUGAAAUCAGCCGUAGAGCUCGACCUCCUCGAGACCAUGGCUAAGGCCGGCCCCGGCGCCUUUCUCUCCCCUACCGAGCUCGCCGCCCAGCUCCCCACACAGAACCCUGACGCAGCCGUGAUGCUCGACCGGAUUUUGCGGCUACUGACCAGCUACUCUGUUCUUAACUGUACCUUGAAAAGCCUCCCCGACGGCGGCGUGGAGAGGUUGUAUGCUCUGGCACCGGUGUGCAAGUAUUUGACUAGGAAUGAUGAUGGUGUGUCCAUGGCACCUCUUUUGCUUAUGAACCAAGAUAAGGUCCUUAUGGAGAGCUGGUACUAUUUGAAAGACGCAGUUCUUGAUGGAGGAAUCCCCUUCAACAAGGCCUAUGGAAUGACUGCAUUUGAUUACCAUGGUACGGACCCAAGAUUCAACAAGGUCUUCAACCAGGGCAUGUCCAAUCACUCCACCAUCACCAUGAAGAAAAUCCUUGAGACUUACCAAGGCUUUGAGGGCCUCACUUCGUUGGUCGAUGUCGGCGGCGGUACCGGGGCCACUCUUCAAAUGAUUCUCUCCAAGCAUCCCACCAUCAAAGGCAUCAAUUUUGAUUUGCCACAUGUUAUCGGAGAUGCUCCAGCUUAUCCUGGAUUGGAGCACGUUGGAGGUGAUAUGUUUGUGAGUGUGCCAGAAGGAGAUGCCAUUUUCAUGAAGUGGAUAUGCCAUGACUGGAGCGAUGAACACUGCGCAAAAUUUUUGAAAAAUUGCUACGAUGCAUUACCAAACAAUGGGAAGGUGAUUGUCACCGAAUGCAUUCUCCCUGUGGCCCCGGACACUAGCCUUGCCUCUAAGAACGUCAUUCACAUCGAUGUUAUCAUGCUAGCUCACAACCCAGGUGGUAAAGAAAGAACCGAGAAGGAGUUUGAGGCCUUGGCCAAAGGCGCUGGAUUUGAAGGUUUCCGUGUCAUGUGUUGCGCUUUCAAUACCUAUGUCAUGGAAUUCCUCAAGAAGAUUUGAGUUUUUCAGUUGGGUUUUAUGUGCAUAACAUACUAUGCUUGUGGUUGGGGUUCGAGUUUGUGAUUUUGUCUCUUGUUUUUUUUUGUCUUUUUUACAUUUCCUGUAACAUCUUCUCAUUGAGUGGAAUAAAAAUGUGAAUGAACUCCCAUGGUUCUAAUCUCA